AGGGCCUAUAGAAGCGGUGGGGCAUUGUCGGGAUAUGUGCAUAACACUAAGAGUUAGGCCACAGUUUUAAGCUAAACCAAUUUAGUUUAUUUCCAUUUUAUUCUGCAAUGAAAAUGCCUUGAGUCUAAUUAGAGAUAGAUCUUUUUAAAAUGGCCUAAUCAAUGUAGACCUACAUUAUUCAAUACCAAGGCCAUGUGUGCUGCAUUUUAUUUUCACCGUUUCUAUUGUUGACCCAUUUCACUGUAAACUUCCGGUUGAUUCAUGCUAAAAAUAUAAACACGAGGAUAACAAAUUCACGGAUGAUGUGCUGAAGCUAUGAAUUGUUUGAAUAUUUUGCUUAAUAAAAAUCAUAGCGAUAUUUCCAUACGUUUUCUAUACUGAUAAGAUGCAGCAGUGUAGGCCUUGUACAUCAACGGCUGAGAAAUUUUAUGACAUAAUACUAAUGACCCAAAGUUUUGGUUGCACUUUCAAUGAAUAUUUGGAAUGUAAUUGGGCUCAACGAGAAAGCUUUGUUUAAAGCUUGUGAAAAAAUACUGUUCUGUCAUUAUGCUACAAACUACAUGGAUUGCCCUUGUUCUAGGUUUCUGGUCAUCUCUUUAUCUACUUGAUGUCUUUCUCAAGAGCAAAAAAUCUGUAGCUAGGCCUUACCUUAGCUUCUUGGACAAGACUGGACUGACCAUAUCUGCUUGUCAGGUGAGAUGGUACACCUGUAUAUUCAACCGUGUCUUUCUGCGAGUCGGCCAAUGGAAACCACACUUUUUGAGGAUUUGGUUUACACUGGGCAUCAUUUUCUCCUUAUUGGCAAUGGUUGCCUCUAUAUUUUUGCUUUCUCUGCUAGUUGUCAACACAUUAAGACAGGCCCCAGUAGAGCAUCAAGUUCUGACACCAGUUAUGCCAGGUGUAAAUCUACCAACCAAUCAGAUCUCUUACUACAUGCUCACAUUGUUGGUUUGUGGGAUACUUCAUGAAGUAGGUCAUGCUGUUGCUGCAGUAAGAGAGCAGGUUAGGAUAAAUGGAUUUGGACUCUUUUUGCUAUUGCUUUAUCCUGGAGCAUUUGUAGAUUUAUCAACAGAACACCUGCAGGCUGUCUCCCCUCUACGCCAACUGCGGAUCUACUGUGCUGGGGUUUGGCAUAAUCUGGUCAUUGCUGUCCUUGCAGCCCUUGUCCUGUUGGCUCUGCCUGGGAUGCUGGUCCCAUUUUACUCUCUGGGUGCCUCUGUAGUAGUCACUGAUGUAGUCCCGAAUUCAGCUGUCUCUGGAGCACGAGGAUUGAAGAUUGGUGAAACAGUCACAAGAAUCAAUGAUUGUCAUAUCAAAAGUAUAUCUGACUGGUCAGCUUGUUUGUCAACUAGUAUGCAGGAGAAAUGGACUGGUCACUGUCUACCUUUGGAUUUAAUUAAAGAAUUAGAUGCUUCACCUUUCAAUACAUUAGCAAACAAAAGCCACUCGCAGUGGGAGGUGAUUGAUUGUUGUAACAGCACAAGCCCCACCCACCUGUGUUUCAUGUACCACACAAAGAAGAGUGCUGAAACACUGAUUUUCAACAUUACGAAGUAUGCCUGCCUUCCAGCCCGUCCUGCAACAGAUCGGCCUAUGUGUAGACUUCAAAGUGACUGCUAUGUGCCGAAAAUUGAUGCUGCUUGUGUGUAUCCAGCAGUGGACAAUGAAACUAAACUACUGCGAGUCUUCCAUGGCCAGCGGCCUCCACUAUUAUUUCUGGGUCACCCACUUGAUCUAUAUUAUUCAGUGUCCCUGAGCAACUAUGUUCCAAAGAUCUCAAUCAUUCCACUUAACUUACCUUAUGUUAUUGAAACAUUCUGCAAAUAUAUCAUUUCUUUAUCUGGAGCACUUGUUAUUCUUAAUGUUAUACCUUGCUACGCUCUAGAUGGACAGUACAUCUUUCAUGCUUUUGUUGAGCUAGCAUUGCGUCCAGCUGUUCCUGACCCUGAGAUUCGCAGCCUCAUUUUCAGCCUGGUCAUCUUGUUUGGUACUCUAUUGUUAUUAAUUAAUGUUGUUUUGGCCAUGUGGACGUUGCUUUUCUGAGAGUUGCUGGAAUACAUUGGCCCUAUGAACAUGAAGGCACUAUUUAUUUGUACAGAGACUACAUUGAAAUUUUGUUCAUUGCAGUACAGCUUCUUAUGAAUUGUACAUACUGGUGCGACAGAAUGAGGUUCCAUAAACUAAAGUUUCUGUUUCUGAAUAGUUGUGAUUGAUAGGUCAUUGUGAUGCAUAAUUUGUGCAGAUGUGAGAAAACAUUUGUCAGUGAAGACUUGUGCCAUUGUUGAUGUUGAACAUGAGAGUGUAUUUGAAAUCUAAUAAAUGUUUACAAUGUGAUGACUGUACUUUGGUUUUCUAUCUAACAUGUGUGUGUUAAAUGUUCAUAUCAUUUUCAAAUUCUUGUAAUAUUCUCUGGCAGAUGUUUCUGACACUGUCAGAGAAAAUUUUUUUAUUGUGAUAAGAUGGGACCAACAUUUAUGUUCACUGUACGCUUUGGUAUCUUGAAGGUAAUGAAUUCCAUAUUUUCUAUAGGAGCUUUUUUGAUACCUUUUGACUUUUGUUAACUUCUUUGAACUAUUUUUUGUUGUUUUGUUUUUGUACUAUGUUUGAACAUUUUGUUGUCUGUUUCAUGGAGAUGUGUUCCUCUUCACUCUACUCUACUCACAUGCUGGUCUCAUUUCUUUCAGUUUUGUACAUAGAUUUGGGUUUUAUAGAUUUCCUUCAAUUAAUUUGUGUAUAUAUAUCUAUAUGCCUUGUUGAACAUGUCAUAUGUUUAACUUUUGUUUAGUGAGUUCAACUAAUUAAAGACAUAAAAAUUGAAAAUAAAUCAUUCUAAACAAGCAGAAAAAAAAUGUAAACUUCCACUUUCAGACCUUGUAGUCCAUAGGGCAGAUGAUGUAAAGGUCAUCUGUUUCUAUGGCCUACAGUUUACGAGCAACCGCCUUUACUUUUCCCCAACUAAUGUCAGGUACACAUUAGAGCUGGGUGGACUCAGAGGCGCCCAAAGAUCCUGAAAUUAAAGAUUCCAGUCUUCACCAGGAUUCAAACCCAGGACCCCCAUUUGGAAGCCAAGCGCUGUACCACUCAGCCACCAGGUCUCAAAAACAAAAAUGUAUUCAAUAAAAUGUUUUCUUAUUAAGUCAGUUUUAUAUUAAGUUUAGGUUUGAGAGAGAAUUUCAUUUCUUCCAAUGGGAAUGUUUUGCACCAUAUAACACUGAGCUUUAAUGGGACAGUUUUCUUUUUUUUUUUUUUUUUUAAUUUGGAUCAAGUAUUUAGAUAGAUGUGCUUCAUAUACCUAUUGAAUAUUCAUAGACAUGAAAUUCUGCGUAACCUUGUUGUUUCUAAAAGAGAUCAGUUGUUGUAUAUCUUGUCAUCCUGCCUUACAGCGCCUUACUAAAUAGACAGCUUGAGUGUCAUUUUAGUGAACCAAAGAUAUUUUAAAAUGGGAAGGGAUGGUAAACAUCUUGAAGUGUAUUUGUUUCUUUAAAUACCAGAUAACUUUUUUUCACAUCAAGAUUUUUAUUUUCCUUAAAAUAAAAGCUGACAAGAAAUAGAGAACAUCUUUUAAAUGACAUCAUUUCAUGAAACAGUUUCUUUUUCAAGGUUAUGGUUUAUAUAAUAUGAUUAUCAUUAGAAGCUUUAAGAAAUAUCUGUCUUGAUUUCAGUAACAAUUAGCAAGUGAACUGGAAUCAAUGGCAUGUUAACUAUUGAAACUUUUAAAUUCUAGGACAAUAUUUCAGCACCAAGGUUAUUUCUUUCACUCCACAGUAUUAUGUUUGGAUCUGCUUUUAAAGAGAACAUUGUAAAGAUAUGGACAUUAGGAUAACAUUGAGUUAACCUUUCUGAGAAACUGCUAGAAGGAUUUACGCCACUUGUUUUUGACUUUUUUUUCUCUCCAUAAAAAGUUUUGUUUUUAAUGAACUUGGUCUCUGGUAUAUCACCAUCAUCCACAGAUCCUUGACCUAAUAGACUGUCCUGCUAUUUGUGAGUUCUACUGUGGCACUGAGAUUUAAACCAGAUACUCAAAUGUUUGCUCUAUAUGUUCACUACAUGAAGGAUUGAAAUCGACUCUCUACAAAUGAAACAGAAAUAAUUUGUGUAUACACUUUAGUGCAUUUCAUAACUUUAUGUUACACCUCUUUAACAAGACUUCAGAUGAGUCUAGAGGUAAGAAUUCUGUUGAUGCAUAGACAUCAAAGGCAUUCAUUUGUAGUCAAAAUGGCAAAAGUUUAGGUUGUGUUUCUUUUU